UCAGGUCUGGUUGUCAUGGCGAUGGAGUGAUGACAUGGUAGGGGGCGGGGCUUAGCACACCUGGCCUCAGGUGAGAUUGUGUCUGUGAAGUCAGUGCCGACUCUCUUGCUAUCACCCCCUCCACCACAACACAUGAAGCUGCCCCCCGAGAACUGGACAGAGGGGCUGCACAGCAGAGACAUGCAGCCCAACGAGACUGCCGGAGGGGGAGAGACUGCUAUCAACACAUCUCCAGCACAGGAGUCGCCAUCAGCUCAGGACAUCCCGGGAUCACAGAUCAACCCUGUCCCCCAGCCCCCGUCACAUGACCAAUCUGUGGCCCCCACACCGACGACUGUGCCCGCCCGGGAGACCUGGGGUGGGAAGUACGAGUUCCUGCUCUCCUGCAUCGGCUACUGUGUUGGCCUGGGAAAUGUCUGGAGGUUCCCAUAUCUAUGUUAUAGGAAUGGAGGAGGAGCCUUCCUCAUCCCGUACGCCAUCAUGCUCUUCUUCACCGGCCUCCCCCUCUUCCUCAUGGAGCUGAGCUUGGGUCAGUAUGGAGCCGCCGGACCCAUCACCGUGUGGAAGUGCUGUCCCAUCCUGAAAGGUAUCGGUGUUGGGAUGCUCCUGGUCUCCACUCUGGUGUCCCUAUAUUAUAACGUUAUUAUCGCCUGGACCUUCUAUUACCUUGGCAACUCCUUUAAGAGCCCCCUGCCAUGGUCCUGUGAAGCCCCCGAGUAUGCCCAGCUGUGUAAGAACGCCUCCAGCAAUGGCUCCACCUUCAGCGCCACAGAGGCCUUCUGGAAUGAGAAGGUGCUGGGUGUUGUGCACAGUACAGGCCUCAGUAAUCCGGGCCCCGUGCGCUGGGAGCUGGCCCUCUGUCUCCUGGCUGCCUGGAUCAUCAUCUUUCUCUGUAUGAUAAAGGGAAUCCAUAGCUCUGGAAAGAUUGUAUAUUUUACAGCCACCUUCCCGUACGUUGUCCUUGUUGUUCUCAUCAUCCGGGGAGCCACACUGGAGGGGUCUAUAGAGGGGGUCCGAUUCUACUUAACAGCUGACUGGAAGAGACUGCGGAGUGCUCAG